AGAAACAUAUGUUAUUAUUAUUAUUAUUAUUAUUGUUGUUAUUUUAACACAUAAAUUGCUAGCGUCCCUCUGUUCAUUUCGGCCGCACACAUAGCGGGGCCUCUUCAGCGGGGGGAGCCGGCCGCUGAGCUGGUUGGCCCGCCCGGGUCAGGUGAGAGAGGGGGCGGACAAUCUUUGAGACUUCCCCUCGUCAGGACCGUGGAAGGUGGGGGGGGGACCCAAAAAAAAAAUUAAAAAAACCCCAAGCAGGGACUUUGGUAUCGGGCUCGACUCGGCGGACGGGGGCUCAGACCGAGAGGAGACCGGCAGGGAGCGCUAAGAGAGAGCGCGGCCCCGUCGGGGAACAGCCAGCGGCCUAGGCGUGUGUAUCAGAGCCUCCCAGUCGCGUAGGAUUUGCAGCCGUGGAGAAGGGAGACCCGGACCGGGCACAUUUUUUUUUUUAACAAGCCCUAAUGAAGACAGACGGACCGAAACCCGUUCUUUGUGAUCCGAGCAAGAGAACGGAGUGACGAAGGAAAAAACAAACGAGGGAAGAGAGAAAGAAAGAGAGAAAGAAAGAAAGAAAGAGACAGAAUAUUCCCUGAAACAGGAAACUACAAAACACGAGGAAAAACAAUUCGGACGAGGGCACCAAAAAAAUAAAACUUUUUAAAAAAAAACAGAUCGAACUUUUACAGGAAAGGAGAGAGAGAGAGAGAGAGAGAGAGAGAGAGAGAGAGAGAGAGAGAGGACGGCGACAAGGAAAAGGGAGAUUGAAUUGCUUCAACAAACACUGAAGAUAAAACAACAAAAACUUAACAAAAACACAACUUUUUAUAUAUAAAAAACUAAAACUUAUAUUUCUCUCUCUCUCUCUCUCUCUCUCUAUCUAUCUAUAUCUAUCUAUAUAUAUAUAAAGUCAUUACAAAAAAAUACAAUAAUAAUACAAACAAAUUAUAUAUAUAUAUAUAUCUAAAUGCUGUAAAACAAGAUGAUGCAGACAUUUCGCGAGCCGCAAAACUCCAGCACUAACAAUUCAACCAACACAGCCUCUGCCAAUUCAUUCCCUCUCACCCAGGCUGCUGUAUCCGGGCAUUCCCUCUACCCUUCCCAACAGAACUCCCCCAGACUAACGGCGGACGACUGCCCGGGUCAGCCUCCCCCAAACCACACCCAGCAGCACCCAUCCCAAAUCGGCCCCCUCUCCCACUCCCCCCACCCCAGCCAAGCCUCUCUCCUCCAGGGCUACGCCUCCCCUCACCGCCCGGCUCUGGAUUACCCGAGCGGACUCGCUUACCGGAAGGAGAUGGCUGACUAUUACUAUCUCUCCGGGGGGAAGGAGGGUCAUCGAAGGGGGGGCUACUUCCCUUACUCUUCCUCUCACUCUCAUUCCCCCUCUUCUUCCUCUUCGUCCUCCUCCUCCUCCUCCUCUUCUUCCUCGGCCGCUGCUGCCGGGAAUCUGGACGGGAGCCGGCAGUACCACCACCACCACCCCCACCACCACCACCACCGGCAUCACGGGCUGUAUCACCCGGAGAAUUUUUCGGGAGCAAAUUCCGCGGCCGCCGUUGUCGCCUCGGCUGCCUACUCGCCUCAUUAUGGGAUGUCUGCCCAACAGCAGCAGCAGCAGCAGCAGCAGCUGCAGUCAUAUUCCCAGCCUCUCCAGCAGUCGUCCGCAACCUUGCCAGCUGGGGUUCACCAAAUGGGGGGUUUCCAGCAACAGCAGCAGCAGCAGCAGCAGCAACUUCUGAACCAGUUUGGCCACUACCCGCCCUCCCCAGUGCUUCAAUCCACUGGGGUUGCUGGUUCCAGCCCCGUUGCCGGCUCCUACAACCCGUCCCCGCCUCAGAGGUACGCCGCUGGGGGGCAGGGGCAGCUGGCGGGCGGCUUCGACGGGUACGGGAAGGUAAAUCCCGCGGUUUACGAAAACAGUCCGCAGCAGGUGCAGUGUUACCCGCCCGGCUAUGGGUACCGUUCGCAGGCCAGUCAGCAGCAACAACUGAGCAAAGCUUACGAGCAAGCGAAGGCGGGCCACAGCGCCACCGCGUCGCAGUAUCCGGGGGUCGCCGGGAAACUCGGGAAUCCUCCCGCGGCUUUGCCAUUCCCUUCCCAGGAAGUGGCCUCCAAGUCUCCCGUAAUGCAGCAGCAGCAUCAGUUCCACCAAAACUUCAGCCCCAUAUCGAACCCUUCUCCCCCAGCCACCGCUGCCGCCCCCCCCUCCUCCUCCUCUGUGGUGCAGUCCCCCACCUGCAGCUCCACCCCCUCCCCCUUAACGGGGGCACCCGAAACCGGAGGCGGGACGUCCCAGAGGAACAGCCGUCUCUUGCUGCAGACCAUACAGAAGUCCCAGGUCAGCCCGAACCGCUCUGGGGCCGGGGGUGUGAUUUCACCGUCUUCUGGUCAGCAGCUGCAGCCGUUGCAACAUCUUCCUUACAAGGCUUCCCCUUUGGACCGGCUCCGACAGGACAAGCCGAGCCUGGACCCAGGCUGGAGCAGCUUGAACGCCCUCAGCUCCCAAGUGGCCAACAUCCCCAACACCGUGCAGCACAUGCUGCUGUCGGACGCUUUGCUGUCCCACCACAAAAGGAAGGACCAUCCGCCCCAAACCCAACCCCAACCCCACCACCACAGCGUCUCCUUACCAGGGGCCAGCCCUGGUAGUGCCGGUGCUGGGAGGAGCAGGGCAAGGAAGGCUGGAGAAGUUGUGGGGAGCGGCGGAGGAGGAGGAGGAGGAGCGGGAGGGAGCUCGUCUGUCCGUCCCGAAUCCCAGUCGGACGAUCUUCUCAAGUCCCCAGCCCCCGGUUCCCUGGAGAGUCCCGGAGAGGAGGAGGACCCCGCUCCGAGCGCCGCUGAGAGGGCGAGGCGGCUCAGCGGGCAGAGCAAUGGCUCCGAAACGGACCCCUACCAUCACGGCGUCGGCCCCCCCAGACAAGCCCCUCCUCCUCCUCCUCCUCCUCUUCCUCCUCUCUCUUCUUUAUCCUCUCCUAGUUCUUCCUGUUCUGGGGGUUUGGAAAGCCGCAAAGGAGGAGGAGGAGGAAAGGGGAAUGGGGCGACGUCACCGGGGGGACCCUACCAAAACGAGGGCUGCAAAAGCCAACCGAACCCCAGAACGGUUGUUUCGUCAGCCGGGCAAGCGGCUUCUGCUUCGGCGGACGUUUCCUGUAGCGCAGCUGGGCGAGCGACUGCAGCGGUGCCCCCUCCCCCUCUCCCCCCACCUCCUCCUCCUUCCUCUUCCUCCCAGACCUUUCCGUCUCCUGGCCCCCUUUCUGCGGGCAGCCCGCUCUGCCCUUCGCCAGUAGGCGCUCCCAGUUGCCCACAGCCUCCAAGGACUCGGAUUCAACAGACGCAGCAGCAGCAGCCGGCCACUCCUAAAAAUAACAGCAAAAGCAAAGACCGCUACUACUACCAAGCCGUCAACGACGUUGAUAAUAACCAGGGCGAAGCACAAAGCCGUGAAGCUGAGGAGAAAACCGUGACACGUGAGAGAGGAGAGUUAGAGGAGGAGGAGGGGGAAGAUGAGGAAGAGGAGGAAGAGUUCUUGUCGGAAAGUCCGUCUUUGCACCCUCGUCAUUUGCAGCCGGAGGGACGGAAACCCAAUGACGAUGGAGGACCCGCCUCCUCGUUGCCGCGUCCCCGUUCCGCCAUCGCCGCGGAGACUGGGGGCUCCAUCCGGGUCAUCGUCUCGGCCCGUUCCGAGCAAGCGUCCCAACAAAGCAGAACCCGGGACCAGAACCGAACCGGGAACCAGGACCAGGACCGACGCGACAGCGGAGACGCGCCGCACCACAACGGAGAAGGUACGGCCCAACGUCGGCAUCCUUUCUCCACCCCCUGUCCCGGUUACGCAGACGAUGAGCCGGGGGGACGUCGUCAUCAUCAUCCCGGGAAAAACGUUACGGAAACCAGACCUGCAGGCGCGGGAAGAUCGGAGAAGCCUUCGUCGAACCAGCAAGAAGAACGACAACAACAACAACAACAACAACGACGUCAAAGACCGCAGCAGCAGCCGCCGCCUCACUUCCCUAGUUUGCUGCAGGAAGUUCUGCAAGGGUAUCAAUUUUUAGACAAGCGGUACGGCCAGCGACAGACGCCCGAUCACGCGCCCGCCCCUCCUAACUCCGCCCCCUCUAGCGCCCGCCCCACCGGGGCGGAACAUAUGCCCCCCAGCAAGUACCCCGUCGCGGGGGGCAGAUCGGAGCAGGUUUGGGGCGGGGGAGCGGCAGGGGGCUGGGGUGACAAGAAAGGGAUUUUGCAGCAACAGCAGCAGCAGCAGGAUUUUCCCCAGCAGACCAACGCCACCAAGCACAUCAACCUGGCCGAUUAUUCCCUGAUCAGAAAGCCCUCGGAGCGGGAGAAGGGUGGCGGGAAGACGACGCGGGAGCCGUCCGCAGUUAAAACUCCGCCGCCAGCCCCGCGGAAUCCGGUCGCUUCCAGCACGGCCCAACACCUCCAGACGCAGGACUCCUGCGAGGGUUUGAGGGAGAGGGAGAGGCCUCCCCCAGCAGCCUCCGUGGAGCGCCUCUCCGAACGGCGUUCCGUGAUCUGCGACGUAUCCCCUUCCCGGCGCACCCCGGAACGGGACAGAAGGGAUCCCCAGUUCUCAACGGGGGUCCCCCAGACUGUGAUCCAGCCGGCGACGCAGAUUACCCAAAAGGAACCAGAUUCUGACGCGGUUUCUCCUGAUCCGGUCGCUUCAAAGGAAAUGGACAGGACCCCAGGAUUAGGAGGAGGAGGAGGGGAAAGGGGUACAGAACAGCCUUCUCAAAAGCCGUCAUCCCUUCAUCAUCUUCCUCUUCCUCCUCAUCAUCAUCCUUCCCAAAAGUUUGCAACGGCCGCCUCCUCAAAUUCACUCCCGGGCACCCCUGAGCACAAGGAUGGCCGGACUGUGCAACACAGAGCCAGGGUGCAGCAGCAGCAGCAGCUCCACAGAGAGGAGGUUUUGGGCACACUGCCCCCUAGUGGCGGGAGGUCAAACAGCGCCUUGGUUGGCUCUGUAAGCGGUAACAGUAGCUCUGUCGGGGUCGCUAGCAAUCUACCCUACCCCGCCCCUGCCCAUUCUGGGAGGUAUCACCCCCACCACCCCCACACCCACCCCCACCCCCAGUCUUAUUACCCCAACCUGGAAGCGUUUGGUUUAGGAGGUGAAUUGAAACACCAGAAGAAUCUCCCUUCUGCCAGCUCCCCACAAGCCCAGCAACAGCAGCUUAAAAGCCAGAUAUAUCCACAUCACCACCAUUUACAGCAGCAGCUUCAUCAUCAGCAGCAGCAGCAACAUAACCUGCAGCAGCCCGAGGAGAGGGGCCGGGAGUGGGCGGGGUUUCGUCAUCACCGCGGCAACGCUUCCGGAAUGCUCCGGCCCGCCAGCCAGAAAGAGGAGAUGAUGAUGAUGAUGAUGAUGUCGCCGGGUUCCGCUGGACACAGGGGUUCUGGGAGGCCGGGACCACAGCAGCAAAGUGGCUUUUAUGACAUGGGGGUCUCCCAGAAUCAGCACCUCCACCUCCAGAAUAAGAUUUGGGGUUCCCAGCUGCCCAGCGGUGGCGGCGGCGGCCACCCCAUGGGGGACCCCGAAAUCCUGAAGCCCAGCGUUCGCAAGCGAGCCGUCCCCAAAACUCCCCAGGACGCCGCCCCCGCGCCCCCUCCCCAGUCUUCUCGGGGGGUCACCGAGGAGGCAGCCAGGUCGUUCCGGCCCCCGUCGAGCGGCGCCGCGGACGAAGGACAGCACCCCAACCCUCUGAUGAUGAGGAGGAGGGUCCGCUCCUUCAUCUCCCCCAUCCCCGCGAAGAGGCAGCACCAGGAGCCCUUGACCUCCCCCUCUCCGGUCCCCGGCUCUGGGCUCGCUGGAGAAGGCGCGGAAGCUCGCCGGACGCCCCAAAUCCUGGCCGCCGUACCCCAGACGGAACCCCCGGCCUCUAACGAGAAGGUGGGCUGCCCAGACCGCCAGCAGGGGCCUCCGAACUCCGGAAACGGCAUUGGCGUUGCGGAUCCCUGCAACUCCGCGUUCCAGCCCAACGCAGCCCCCUCCCCGGCCGGCAAAACCAAAAUCCUGCCUCCCAGGAAGGGGCGGGGCCUGAAACUGGAGGCCAUCGUCCAGAAGAUCACCUCCCCCAGCGCGAAAAGGGGCGUGGCUCCUCCCGGGGUCGCGACCCACGCCGUGGGGGGACUGGGAGAGACGUUAGCCGCAGCUGUUGCCGUGGCCGGCGACGCCGCCAGUUCCUCGCUGGCCGGGAUUUCCGAAAUUUUUGGAUCCUCCUCGGCGGCCCACGCCGCCGUCGCGGGAGGGAAUUGCGGUCCGGCCGGGGGCGUCUUCGGCCCCUCCCUUCUCGACGGGAAGCCUUCUUGCCUCGGCGGGGCGGCUAUCGCCAACGCGGUCCGGACCGCCAACGCGGACGCCGGACCCUCCCUGGACGAAAUCCUGUCGUUCCGCUGUGGAGAAGAGAGCUUUCCGGCCGUGCCUUACCCCUUCCGGCUCCACGACGCAGAGGGGGAGGAUGGUGAAGAAGAAGAAGAGGAGGAAGAAUACGAGGAGGAGGAGGAGGAAGAGUUAGAGGAGUUCGAGAGAGAGAAAAGCGGACGGAGGUUGGGGUCGGAGCUGACGCCCCUGUUCGCGCCGCCGCCCCUGGCCUCUCCCGCCCUCGCUGACGUCCGGAACUUUUCCAGCUGCGGCUACAGCCUGCAAGGGCCGAGGGGGGGGGGCGAGAGGGACCAAGCCGUCCCGCUGGGGCGGAAGCCGGAGGAAUCGGAGUUCACCGAACCUCCCCCGUCUCUCUUUGCCCGUUACGGGCAGGGACUGCAGGGCAAUGUAGCCGCCACACCCCCGACGGGGCCAGCAACUCUCUCCGGCCGCGGCCCUCCUUCUUACCCCCUGGGGGUGGGGGGGCGGGAGGAGGUGAAGAUGGAGGCGGGGGUCUGCGCCCCUCCUUCCCUGGUCCCGAAGGGGUAUUUCCCAUCGGGUAAGAAGAAGGGGCGACCGGUGGGCAGCGUUAACAAACAGAAGCGAGCUCCUCCGCAACAGCAGGGAUCUGGGGGGGCAGGGUCCGCCCAGCAGCAACAGAACCAGAACCAGAACCUAAGCCAGCUGGUUCCCCAAACCCAGUUGCCCCAGUCGAAUCAAAAACCUGCCCCAGUCCUUGAGUCUGCCCCUCCUCCUCUCCCUACCUCCUCCACCUCUACCUUCACUUACCCAGCCGUAGAUUUUUCCGCUGCAGUCUCCCGCGUCGACCCGAGCCCCAAUGGCGACGACGAGCCUUUCGCGGCCCCCUCAGCGGCCCCUAACCCGGCCCCCAAGCCGCGCAGACGCCGGCAGAGGAAACCAGCGGGCGGGGAGGAGGUGGAGGAAGAGGAGGAACAGGCUGGCGUUCGACAGAGGAGGAGACGGAGGAGGAGGCACGGCGGCAAAUCCGCAGAGUCGAAGCCCCUGGAGGAGGAGGAGCCUGGAGGAGGGGAGCCCCAGAAACGGGGGUCCUUCAUGCCCUACGUCCACGUCGAGAGGAAGCUUCCAGAAGCGGGGUCCCUCUGCACCGUGGUGAACGAGGAAGACGAUGCAGAGGUCCAGAAGCGACCGGGCUCUUUCCCUCUGGCCGCCCAAUCCAGCGUUCAAACCCAGGACCAGGAUCUGGCAGCGGUGGUUCUUUCUUCCCAGCAGCCCUCCCCCUCCUCCUCCUCCUCCCCGCCCUCCUCCUCCUCCCCUGGCCUGGGCAAGUCUUUCCCCGCCUCCAGCUACGUCCUGCCGGGACCAGUGGUGACGGAAUCCCCGGUCCUGGGGCGUCUUCUCUGCUGCCUGUGCGGAAAGUGGGCCAAUUUCAAAAACCUGGGGGACCUGUACGGUCCUUAUUACCCGGCCGACUACGCCACCGCGCUGCCCAAAAACCAGCCCCAGUCCUCCAGGCAAGCCCGGCCGGGCACAGGGGCAGGGGGAGUCUCGGUCUCUGUCUCGGCCUCCUGCCUCAAGCAGGAACCGGAAGAAGAGAGCCGGGGUUCACCGGGGAAGGUGAAAGUGCGACACAAAAGCAUGGAGGUGAAGCCGCUGUCCUCCUCUACCUCCUCCUCCUCCUCCUCCUCCUUCUCCUUGUCGUGCUCUGCGGAAGAGGGAAGAAGGAAAGAGGAGGAGGAGGGGCAGGAGCAGGAGAGAGGGGGGCAAGAGAAACAGGAUUUACCCUUUUUCCCCUCCUCGACGAACUCCGCUGCCGAGGAACCCGUCUGCGCUGCCCCCGCUUCGAGUCUCGCGACGGCCGGAGGAAGCGGCCACCGGAAGCCGACGACGCACCCCAGGUUCAAGAGGAGGCACCGUUCGAACGAGGAACCCCUUCCUCCGGCUGGCUCCUCCUCCUCCUCGCGCUCCCAGACCAAGCAUCGACCCGAGACAGAACCCGAACCACAGCCUGACCCGGACCCGCUGCCCGCGCCCGCUCCGGUACCCAUUCCCCAGUUCCCUCUGGAUGGGAUGGAGCUGUGGACCCACGAGGCGUGUGUCGUGUGGGCAAGCGGGGUGUUCCUGGUGUGCGGGAGGCUGUACGGACUGCAGGAGGCGCUAGAGGGAGCGAGGGAGACGCUCUGCUCGCACUGUCAGCAAUGCGGCUCCACGCUGGGCUGCUACAGCAAAGGAUGCAGCCUGAGAUACCACUACAUGUGUGCCAUAGACGCAGAUUGUUCUCUGAAUGAAGACAAUUUCUCAAUGCGCUGUCCCAAGCACAAGCAGGUGAAGUGUGUCAAAGUGAUUUCCUCAGAGCAGUCGGAGCGAGGGUGAGCGUGCGACACACCCAGCGGACAGGAGCUCCCUCGCACAAGCAGAUAAAGAGAGGCUCGUCUGUUUGAAACUGGAUUGAAAACCAAACCAACGCUAGAAGGAAAAUAAAAUCUAAAAAAACGACAUUUAAAAAAACUCGAGUCACAUGACGGGGACCAGCUGCACUUCCAUCUGAGGUCACUUCCUCCCCGAAGCGGCGAUGACAUCACAAGAGGAGGAGGAGCCACUGGAGACGGCCCCUUGGACACAGUUGCUAUGGAAGGAGUUUAUUUUGGAAAGAGAGGAGAAGGAGGGAGUUUACAAUUAUGAAAAGACAAUUAAGUUGGGGGGGGGGGGCGAAUAUCAGUUUUGGAGCAAAAAAAAGGGGGGGGGGGAAGAGGGAGGGACUUUUAAUUAUAUAAAAAUAAACUGAAAAAAAACUUCAUUUAAUCGAUUUAAAAAAAGGAGAGAGAAAAAUGUAAAAAAAAACCAGUUGGCUUCUGUAAUUAAGAGAACGAGAUGAACGAAGCUGCAUUUUAUUAAUAGGUUUUAUUAAUAAAAAAAGGACAAAAAACCAAA